AUGUUCCAAGGCAUAGGGACAUUAAAUAAUCCUGAAACAGGAGAGCCAAUACUCACUCAUAUCGAGAUGAAUGCCGAUGCAAAACCAGUCAUACAACCCCCAAGACCUGUACCACACCAUCUUGAAGAAAGAACCAAGAAGAAAUUGGAUUACUUCGUUCAAGAAGGGAUAAUGACUUGGACUAAACCAGGAAAACUGAUUUCAUAUGCCAGUCCACUUGUCUUCACACCAAAAGGAGAUGAUGUUCGCAUCACUGAAGACUUCCGAGUAGCAAACAAAGGAGCAUCGAGAACCCGUCUCGUACCUGGUCUACGAGUAGAUGACGAGGACUACGAGAAAUAUCUAGUAGUGACCACGCCCUGGAGAAAUUUGAAGCAUGAAACGCUUGCAAAGGGAUGGAUAACCAGCCAAGAUGAAUUCGACAGACGAAUAAAUGAGAUUCUAGCGGGAAUUCCUUACGUAAAGAGUAAUCGAGACGACUGUCUAAUUGGUGGGAAAGAUCAAAACGAGCACAACAGAACACUCGACCUAGUCCUAACACGUCUGCAAGACCAUGGAUUAACAUUGAGAUUGGAGAAGUGUGAAUUUGGAAAGGAGGAAGUCGAGUUCUAUGGUGUCAGAUUUACGGGAGAAGGAAUCACACCAUCGAAGGCGAAAGUGAAAGCGCUGCAAGAAUGUGGAGAACUCAGUUCAAAGGAAGGAGUAAGAAGCUUUUUACAGAUGGUGGGAUAUAUGUCUCGAUUUAUCACCAGCUUUGCCCAGAUUGCCGCACUGCUGCGAGAGUUAACGAAGUCGACCUUAACCUUCCAGUGGGGACCAAUAGAACAGGAAGCUUUCGAUAGCUUGAAGAGCAGUUUGACCAUAUGGUUUGACGGAGCAAACAACCCUUUCCUACUUUGUUCCUGA